AUGAGUAUCACACAACAAAGUGACGAAAUAACAAAUGUGUGUAUAGAGGAGUUAGUGCAACGUGAAAAUGUAUCGCCCCAAUUUAAACAGCUCGUGGAAGAUUAUUACAAAACGCAUCAUGGCACAACAGAGAAAGUGGUUAAUGUGGCAAUUCCAGAAGAUUUGCUCAAUCAAAUGUUGACUGAAUAUGCGACGAGAAUUGAUUUGAUGCAAUUGAAAGAGGGGCAAUGCUAUUUGCCUUUUUUACAGGGCUUAACGGGAUUCAAACAGUACAAGUUACUUGGGGAAUUCGAUGGAAAGACCCUUGCAACACCAAAUAAGGUAUUUGAUUUAAUUGAAAGCCAGAAAGAUAUCAUGUUCAUCAUUACAUCGACAGACAAAGAUAUAUUUGGCUCGUUUCACCACAUUUUGCCCGUUAUACAAGGAAACUAUGUGGUGGGUGAUGAACAGAUGAAAGUGUUCUCUUUGCUUAAUCCGGAAAAGACACCGCCCAUUUACUUUAAGGCCAGAAAGGAUAACAACCAUUUGCUAUUUUUCCCACGACCUAACCAAAAGGAUACGGUUUUAUUCUUCAUAAUGAAUUGUUUUGAAAUCAGAAUGAAAAAAUCAAAUCUCGAAACAUUUGAAAUUAGAGGAACAAAGUUGAGCGACGCUUUUGAGACGGAAAUGGACUCUUUUAAUUUCGCCAAUUCACCUUUCGACGUUAUGUAUCUCAGAAUUUACCAGUGGUACUAA